AUGUACACCAUGUCGUACCGUGAAGAUGAAAUGCACGCGCGAACCGGACUCGGCGUCCUGCAAUCGGUGCAAACGCAAGUCGUUAAGCUGUUUUUACGAAUCCCAUCGUCGCGGUCGAAAACCGGGCACAAAGCCGCCGGGCUUCCUGCUUUACUCUCGAGCGCGCCACAGGAAAGCAGUCCUGCUACUACACCGGAGGAAGUUAUAAAGUCUGCAUUGGACACUAGGUCGCCAAAACGGAUCAAGUCAGACGCCAGCUUCAGCUCUCCAGACCUACCUGACACACAACUCCAACCGACCGUAUCUUCAGAUAGCCCUCUGCCUACCAAACUCGCAUCCAUAUCACAAUUGACACACCCUCUCUCUGACAGCCUUGCACCGUUUGCAUUGCUGAAGAAGUCGGCCACACCGGGCAAUUUCACGAUCGCAAACAUUUUAAAUGCCGAGAAUGAAAGCCAGGGCGAUGAGUCGUCGCAUUGGGGGGAUUGCCUGUCUGACGACGUUCCUAUAGACCAGGACGAUCCUGUUCUGCAAAAUUUGGUCAACCUGCCCAUCGCCCAAGGCCUGUUCGAUAGUUUCUUCAAAUACAUGAACCCGUUUAUAUGCCAGUUCGACCCAGCUCUCCAUACCGUACGCUAUAUCCGGAAUCGUUCUCCCUUCCUUUUCACCGCCCUCCUAUCCGUCGCUGCAAAGGUGUUUUGUCCCGCUCUAUACGUCAAACUGCACGAGCAUAGCGAGAAACUUCUCCACGACAUCAUGGGCUCGGGCAAGAAGUCGCUAGAGAUCAUCCAGGGCCUUUGCCUUUUAACACACUGGAAGGAGCCCAGUGACUCGCGGGCAUGGAUGUUCAUCGGCUAUGCGAUCAGAGGCGGUUUAGAGCUAGGCUUGAAUAAACUAAAGCCGUCCAUUUUAGAUAAACCAAUGCAGCUUGUUUCUGGAUUUGAGGAAGAAAUGGCGUUACGGGAACGACGGAGCAAGGAACGCACUUGGCUCGUGUUAUUCAUCUAUGAUAGGAGUCUUAGUUUACAGCUGGGAAUGCCUUCAAUGGUCCACAUGGACCCUUUGAUCCGGAAUGUACAAAACUGGCAUCAGCAUGCUUAUGCCGCGCCGGGUAUCGAUGAGAUGGUCACAGCACUUGCACAGCUGCGAAUAAUUGGGUUUGAGCUACUGGACCUCUUCUGGCUUGAUCCCGUCCACACAUCUCCUGAGUUCAUGAAAAAGGACGAAUACAUUCUUCGGCUGUGUAAUGAUGAGCUGGAUAGAUGGGAAUCGAGGUGGCAUUUGAUUAUAGACGAAGCCGAUGCGACUCUUUGCCAGCGGUUUCUUGUUCGAUUCUAUGGCCAUCAUUUAAGGCUACUCCUCCAUUCCUUUCGACUACAGCUGUCAAUCGCCAACGGGUCUGCGUCUAAACCUGCACUGUGGGUGUGCUACGCAAGCUCGCUCGAGAUGGACUCGCUCCAUGUGAUGGUUGCAUAUGCGGCUGUCGCAACAAUAAAGAUUCUACUCUCAUUUCCCGGAGAGCUCCCCAACGAAGCGGAGAAUAAAAUUCUCAACUACGUCAUGGAAGCUAGCGAAUAUUUCGGUCGACAAUCGUCAACAACCAACACAAGCUGCCACUACCAAAGCCAGUUCCUAGCAAAUGUGGUUGCACAAUACCGGAGGUCAAAAGAUUCCCACGCGUCUCCAGUGAAACAACCACUUAAUCGGCAGAUAUGCGCCCCCAUGCAGGAUAAUACAAGCGCCACAGAUACCAAAACGCAAGUAAAUCUCUCACCGAUAUCCGUCCCACCACUUCAUCAUCAUCAACAACCACCGCUACCACCGCCGUUUCAAUCACAGCAACAGCCACCACAGCAGGAUGAACUAAGCCAACAACAGCAACACCUAACGCCCCAUAAUCAGCAUCUCCACGUUGUAUCGCACCUCCACAGUGAGCUAUACAGCCCGUCGCACACUCCACCACCUAUCCCUAUGCACAUGCCGCUAAACGACCCACUACAUAACCCGCACCAUGACCAGCAGACUUUACCCUUAAUCCAUCCAGAUCAUAACCAACAACUAUUAGCAUGCGCACGGCCUCUACUCCCGCCGUCGAACAUCGAAUGCACAAUAAGCGGGUCCAUCAACAGUGGCAUGAUUAGCUCUGGCAGGAUAUUCUCCUCCCCAAGUCUCCCUCCAGCAUCGACCCACCAGGGCAACAAUAACACUAGCAUGAUGGGAAGCGGCGGUGGAACAGGGCCAGCAGGAGGGCUACCGGUGACGUCGGGCUCAGGCCCUCCUGUACAUGCCCCGAACAGCAGCGAUAACAACGACAACUAUGACAACUACCCUCCCACAAACUCCCAAAACGUCACUUCUUUCAACAACAAUGGAACGUGGGAUAAUCUAUUUGCACAUGCUGGGUUUAAUAUCAGCAGUGGAGCCUUCCUGCCAAACCCUGGAAGCUCUUGA